AUGGAUGACGCGUUUUACGUGCUGCUGGUGAAUUUCAUUUUAGGUUGGGCCAUCCAGGGCUCCGAAGAGGACCAAUUCAACAAAGGGGAGCAAUUAGAAUCUAUGAGGGAGGCCUUCAGGUCAGUGCUGACCAAAACUGGACUCCACCGUUUGACUUACAUUGUUGGAGAAGCUUGGUCUGUUCUGACCUCGUGCAAAGUGCAUGGGAGACAUUGCCCACCUGAUGCCAAACAAGUACCUGUUGCAGGAGCAGCACCAUCCCAAACACUGGGUGACCUACAUAUGAUUGGGUGGCUAGCCCAUGCCAGCAUUUUGGAAGAAGAAAUUUGUAGCGCCCUUGAUGUGAUUGAAGCUUUACAACAGAAAGCUGAACUCGAAGGAAACGUACCAGUGGGUGAGUGGCUUCGAGACUUGAGGUUUGUCACCGUCACGGCUCAUUUCUGUUUGCUUCACAGGGCGACCAUGGCGCCUGCAGCUUCGAAAAGCCGUUUGGUAGCUGAUCCCUGCAUUGGAGUAGGGGAUUUACUCCAGUGUGUAGAGUGCUACCUCGAUGAAAAUGGUGAGAACUGUUUGCAGAAAUUGCUGCAGCCGCCUUCUACUGUGGGAUGGAAGACAGCCCCCAAUCCAGCAUGGCUUUGCCAGGUGUCAGGACUGCUGAGAAAGUACGUGGCUAUAGCUCCUAACGGUGUUCUUCCGUCCAAGAAGCACCGUAUUGCCCUUGAAAAGCUUUUUGAGAAGCGACCAUCGGCAAAUGGGGGGAAAAAAACGAACCAGGACUAUGCAGAGAUGUGUGACGAAUGGAUUCGCAUCGCCUUGGCUCACCUUCGCUCUUUGAGGCAGUGUGCAACCAGCAAGAGCCGCUGCUUCAGGAAGUGUGACCCUGAUGAGAUUUCCAAGCUGGAGGAGCUUUUGGGGAGGCUUACAGAAUGUGAAGGAGAACAAACUGAUGACAGCCAAACAAGUCAGACUUCAGGAGAGCAAACCCUAGCCUUGGUUCCCAAAGCCGAUGCCUCCCGUCCCAGUGUCACUGCAGCACCUCCCACAUCAGAAGACCCAGUCAAUCCGCUGAAAAUUUUUGAAGCGGUGAACUCACGCCGAAGUAUUUUGGAAGAAUCACCUGAUGGGAAAAGGGUUGAAAAACACCUGCAAGGACAUGGUGUGCCUGGUAACUCCCUGCAAUUUGGGGGUUUCUUGGCUGGGCUUGUGGACAUUGGCGCGGUCGAUGCCAAAAUAGUCAAGGAUUGCCACAACCAAGAGCCUCUGAACAAAGGCUACAGCUCUCAGCUCCAAAGGGCCAACAAGGCAAUCAAGAAAAAGAAGGAUGAAGAGACGGAAGAAUGUGAAGAUGAGCAUGAACAUGAUGAUCCCGCCACAGCUGAACCUUCUGAAACGCUUGACAAGUGUGAGAAGGGUGCUGGCAAGAAGAAGGCAAAAGAACCAAAGCAAGGCAAGAAAGGCAAAGCAUCCCCUGACAAGAAGAAGCAGGUGAUCAAGAAACCGAAGAAUGUGAAGCAAGCUGGCAACACAGGCGCCACCAAGAAGAAAGACAAGGUUGAAAAACCUGCAGCUCCCCUGGCAAUGAAAUCGAAAAAAUGUAAGGAGAAACCCGAGACGACGGGAGAUGAAGAGCAAGCAGACAUGUAUUACCCAGACACGCCGGCAGGUUUUGAUUCAAGUGUGAACAGGGCCGCAAACCGCAAGCGGUGGACAAGCCGCCACUGGCAUUGUGGUUAUGAUGAAGCAGCCCGUGCAGGAUAUGACCAUGAGGAGUGCUGCGAAGCAGGAAGACAGAGCAGUCAAGCAUCCAGCAAGGAGUUUGAAAAGCUGUGGCCAAGGCCGGCCAAAAAAGGCAAAAAGGCAAAGACGAACAAGGGAAAGAAUACCAAGCAGAAACAGGAGCCAUCCGAAGCAUCACCUGUCCCAGCCAUGCCCAUGAAGAAGAAGAAGCAAGGCAAGAAGUGCCCUAAGAAAUCCACUCAGGGCAAGAAGGCCAAAAAGGCCAAGAAAUCAUGCAAUGAGGCAGAGGAUGAGGAUGAGAAUGGCACUCUGGUAGCCUGCGACGUUUCUGAUGACAAGGACGUCGAUUGA